UGAAGACACGUGAAGGUCGGUGGGUUCUUGCGGCUGGCGGGCUCGCGGUUGUGCGCGGGUCCAGGUCAGCAUGGAUUCCUCAUCGUCAGUUGCGGGGCUGGGCUCCGUGGACCCGCAGCUGCAGCAUUUCAUCGAGGUGGAAACUCAAAAGCAGCGAUUUCAGCAGUUGGUGCACCAAAUGACUGAACUGUGCUGGGAAAAGUGCAUGGACAAGCCUGGGCCCAAAUUGGACAGUCGAGCUGAAACGUGUUUUGUGAACUGCGUGGAGCGAUUUAUUGACACAAGCCAGUUCAUCCUGAACCGAUUGGAGCAGACACAGAAGUCCCGGCCAGCCUUCUCAGAAAGCCUGUCUGACUGAUUUCAGAACAGCUCUCUGUUCUGUUUUUCCAAAAGAACUUUAGAGUUCAAGAAAAGAAGAACUAGUGAUGGGAUGGUUGUAAAAGAAAAGGCUGUGGGGAGAUUGGCUUCCAUCUUUUAUCCCAGCCUUUGGGAUAUUCUGUUAUCUGAAUGAGCAGAGAACAGUUUUGUGAGUCUGGGGGUUGUGUUUUGUUUUGAAAUGCCAGUUUUAUGAAAAUUUUGGACAGUGGAAUGGAAGACUACUAGAUACAUUUAAACUGUACACAGGGCUGUGUUCUUAAUGUUCCAUUGGCUUCUUUGUAGGUAUUCAAACUGGGACCAUAUAGAUAGACUCCCUCAUCUGUACAUGUUAAUUUCAAACCUGUGGGAGGGUGGGGUUGAGAUAAUACAUCUUUGCAUCUAGCAACAGGAGGAGAGAAGCCGUUUGGUACUGCAGUUUCAGGCCUCCUUAUCCAUCUUGUGACUUAAUCAGGGCUGGGCAGAUCUGUAAUACAGUGCCCAGACUAGACACCUCACUUACAAUGGUAUCCAUCUUCCUCCUUUACUGUGACUUAUUUUAAAUACCUGUAUACAGUACAUCUCAGUAGACAAUGCUGAGAGGCUAAGAGGGCUUUGGAUACAGAGAAAUCUAGCUUAAUUAUCUAGUGAACAUAACUUUUGCCUCCCUCUUGGCAGUCUCAAAAUGAGAAUAAUUUGCCCUGAGUUUCAGGGUAUUAAGUGACUGAAAGAUGUGCCUGAAUUUAUUGUAAAGGUUUAAACCAGCCACCACCCCAGCUAGCCAUAGUUUCAGGCAGAGGGGCAUACUUAAUGUGUUGAUUCAUUGUUCCAUUUAUUGCAAAUCUUCUGAUCAUGAUCACUGAAAUAAAACCCUUUGCCUCAGAUUGA